AUGGCACAGCGGAACCAGGAUACAUCAAAUUCCGACGAUGACGAGUGGAAUAACGCAUUAGAUAAUGAAGAAAAGCAUAAGUCGGCUCACCGACCAUCUCAAGAUGAGAAUCCAUUCGGAGACGACGAGGAGGGAGACACGCAGUAUCGAACAAUGCGUUGGUGGCAAUGCAGCAUGAUCAUGAUUGCGGAAACUAUAUCCCUCGGCAUUCUAUCGCUUCCUUCAGCCGUUGCAGUCUUGGGACUGGUGCCCUCGGUGAUCCUCAUUGUCGGACUCGGUAUCACGGCUACAUACACUGGCUACGUGAUAGGUCAGUUCAAAUUGCGAUAUAUCAAGGUUCACAGCAUGGCAGAUGCUGGGGAAGUAAUGUUUAGCAGAAUUGGCUGGCCACGCUUCGGCAGAGAGUUUCUGGGAACGGCCCAACUCCUCUUCCUGAUCUUCAUCAUGGGCAGUCACAUCUUGACUUUCACCACUAUGAUGAGCACUGUGACAGACAAUGGCGCUUGCUCAAUUGUCUUUGGCAUUCGUCCGGGACAUGGUCAGGUAGACGCGAUUACGACAGUUCCUCUGAACAAGGCAUUCUUGGCCGUGACGAACAUUGUGUUUGCGUACGCCGGUCAUGUCGCAUUCUUCAGCUUUAUAUCCGAAAUGCGGGUUCCUACUGACUAUGCUAAGACUCUAUAUCUGCUCCAAGUCAUUGACACGAGCAUGUACGUAAUUGCUGCCGUUGUUAUUUACAUCUAUGGCGGAAGAGGUGUCAAGUCCCCAGCAUUGAGCUCGACAAGCUCUGUGACAGCCAAGGUUGCAUUUGGAGUUGCUAUUCCUACGAUUGUGAUUGCCGGUGUGAUCAACGGACACGUUGCCGCCAAAUAUAUCUAUGUACGAAUCUUCCGAGACACGAAUCAGAUGCAGAAGAAGUCAGUGUUGUCUAUCGGAUCCUGGGUGGGGAUUACCGUCGUUCUAUGGGUGAUUGCCUGGAUCAUUUCUGAGGCCAUACCAGUAUUCAACACGCUGCUAAGCUUGAUUACGGACUAA